AUGCAUUCGAUGCAGGCAAGUGCUCCCCUGGCCGCUGUGCAGGGCAAGGUGGCGCAGCCCCAGCUCCAAGCACUGCCCCUGGUCCGGGGUGUGCAGGUGCUGGAAGGGCUGAGGGAGCGGUACGCGGAGCAGUCGGCCUGCGCCACCCAGACCUCUGGCGCCGCCGCCAAGGCCGACGCCAUGCGCGGCGUUGCCGACCUGCUCGCCCGCGAGCCCGGCCUCACUGUUCCGGCAGAGUGCAUGCAUCUCGUGCUGGGAUUGCCCUUGGAGCAGGUGCAGGCGGCGGCCGCCGCGGCCAAGCACCAGCGCAGCGAGGCUGGCUCCGGCAGGCCCGCGCGCCGCCAGAAAACGGCCGAGCACCCCCCGCUGCUCCAGGAGGCUCUGGAUCUCCUGGGCGUGGUCAGCAGCAGGCGCCCCGACCUGCUGAGCCACGUGGGGCCCCAGUCCGGCAACGAGCCCCUGCGCCUGGCGGCUGCGCUGGCUGAGCUGGCGGCGUACGGGCGCGCCGUGCACGGCGCCAGCGCUGCCGGCGACGUGGCGGCCCGCGCGGCCACCCUGCUGCAGGGCAUGGUGCUGGCUGUGCCCGCCCUGUUUGGCCACAUCGCCAGCCGGAUGGCCGACGCCAGCGCAGGCGGCGGCGCGCUGCUGGCCCUGCUGCGCUCACCAGACGCCGAAGUCUCGGCAGCCGCCGUGGCGAUGCUGGCGCAGCUGCUGCAGGCCAAUGCGGACCAGGCUCCGCAGGGCAUCGGGCGCAGCGCCCUGGCAUCGCUGGGCGUGAAGGCCCGCUCUCCCGUGCAGCACCUGCUGGAGGCGGUGCAGGCGCUGCAGGCGGACGAGGCCCCCGCCUGCGCUCGCCACCUGCGGCUGCUGCAGGAGCACCUGCAUGGGGGCGUGCCGGGCAAGAUGGAAGACCUGAGCCUGAAGAGCGGCGAGGCCCGCCAGGAGGUGCGCGUGGCUGUGGAGGCGCGCCACGCGACCGCCCAUCUGCCUGCCAUCGGCACAGUUCUCCUGAACACCACUGCCGCCGAGGCGCGCCAGCUGCUCAUGCUGUCAGAUGAGCGGGCGGCUGGCAACGGCGACUCGGUGCAGGAGGUCAAGUCCUGGAGGGCAACGCUGAAAGCCGAUGUGCAGGCGGCGCGGCCCGUGCUGGCCGCCACGCUCCGCAAGAUGGCUUCCGCUGCCCUGUCGUGCGAUCGCCUGCCUCGUGAGGUGCACGCCCAGCUGGCUGAGAUGGGCGUGAACGAGCGGGGCUUCACUGCGGAGAAGGAUGCGCCGCGGCUGGUGCAGGAGGUGGUGGCGCGCGCCACCGUGCAGAUGGUGCGGGCCCUGCAGCCCAAGGUGGAGGGCCUGCAUGCGCUGAUGACAGAUGAGGACCCAGAUGUCGCCGCCAUCCAGCUGGCGGCGGGCAUGGUGCGCGCGCAGGUGACGGGCUCGCUGCUCCUGUCCCGCUUUGGGCUGAACAUUUGGGCAACGGAAUUCCUGCCCAAGCUGGUGUUUUCCAUAAUCCUGCAGCGGCGCACGGUGCACGCGCUGCCCAGCGCCGCCAAGCUGGAGGUACACGAGGGCAGCGAGGCGAUGCUGCAGGACCUGCUGGACCAGGCCAGCCCAACGCGCGGCGGCGACGAGGUGGCGGCGGCCAACCUGCAGACCCUGAAGCCGCCCUGCAUGGCCGCCCUGUGGGCGCUGUACGAGGCGCGCGUCGCCUCCAAGCCGGAGGGGCAGCUGGGCGAGCAGGAGCAGCAGGCGCUCGAGCUGUUCCGGCGGGCGGAGCAGGCGGCGGGGCCGGCCUCCCCCGCUCAGCUGGUGGCUGUGCGGGACGCCGUGCUCACCGUCCCAGAGUCGGCGCGUGCGUGGGAUCUGGUGGCUGCACUGGGGCUGUGCAGCUCCAACCCCGACAAGACGAGCUGGCCCCCGGUGCUGCGGUUUGCGGCGGAGCUGCAGGGCCAGGUGCAGUCGGCACGCAGCGUGGCGGCGCUGGCGCAGGCUGUCCACAGGCUGGUGGAGCGGCUGCGCAGGCCCCAGCACGACGUGGAUGAUGCGUACGUGUUGACGCGCCAGGCCACAGAGGUGUCGGCGCUGAUGUCGCUGCUGACCCUGUCGCUGGGCAUCGGCAGCACCAUGCUUCCCGCCGCCGCGCAGAGCGAGGGCAGCACACUGAGCGCCGCCAACGACUGCCUGGGUGCCGCACUGGACCAGCAGCAGCGCCGCGACUUUGACCGCGCCGCGGGCGACGCAGCGGCGGAGGCGCGGACGCAUAUUUACAUUGAGGUAGAGACGGCGGUGAAGACCGCCUCCAAGCGCAGGCGGGAGCACCAGGCAGCGCAGGCUGCUGCUGCUGCUGCUGCUGCUGCUGCUGCGCCGCCUGCCUCUGGCAGCGGCGGCGGCGAGCUGGACCUGGAGGGGCCGCGCCGCGCCAAGACGAUGCCGGCCGCGAUCGACGCGGCCAGAGUGGUGGUGGAUGCUGCGCUGGCGCCGCAGCCCAACCAGGCGGCCCUGGCGCUGGUGAGCAGCACUGGCAUGAGUGCCGAUGCCACCCCCUUCACGCCCUGCGCACCGCGGCACAGCGGUCGCCAGCGCGCGUGA